AUGUAUUACCCAUCUAAAGCAUUACCGUUGGCGGAAGGAAAGGCUGGCUGGCUGGUUGACGAAUGGACUAUGGAUCAGGGGACGGGAGGCCCACUAUGGUUAGCACCUGCCCUACGUACAGAUCGCAAUCAUCAGUUUUCCCGUGGUAUAGAAGCAACUACUUCUGCAAGUAUAUUUGCCCGUCACUUUGCGCUCAACUUAACAGCUCUGCACCGCUACAAGACAACCAUAAGAGAGAACUUCCAGCCGCCCGUCCAUGACAAGGAGCCAGUCAAACCCCAGACAGUUGACCAGGGUAGAUGGAUCGUGGCUCCAAAACUCGUGGGGCACAUUGAAAAAAGGACAGGCGUCGGCGCUUAA